GUCGGGUCCCGCUCACGCUCCACAGUAGCAACUGCUGCGUGCAGCUGGCAGAAGCGACAGAAAGACCACUUGCCAGGUGCUUGCCAGGUGCCUCCACCACCAGCUGCCGUCAAUCUCGUCCCACUGUCAUCCAUUUUCUGGCACCUCAGCUCCGUCCCUUCGGGUUCACUGUUGCUUUUUGUUCCCUUUUUGUCCAUUCAUCUUGACCGUCUGGUCUCGCACGCUUCCUAUCUGACGAUACGCUUUCUUUUUUUCUCAAAAAACUCUUGCCGCCAUAAUCCAUCGCCUUCAUGUCGUCGUUAUAGCCCCGUGGCCACACCACUCAUUUACCUAACCUUGUCCCUCGCUGAGGUGUGACGCGCCCGACUCGAGUAACAAAUUAAAAAAAAAAAGUUGCGGCCACUCACAUCCUUCUGUCGCUCGCCGCGCCACAGAUCUAUUUCUUGACAUCUCGUCGUAGCUCAGAAUCCGCCAUCGCGCACUCAGCGACGUAGCCGCCAAGUCAUGAGCGGCCCGUCGCCCGCAUCCCAUCAUAACAGCGACCAUGUCUCCGACAGCAUAGGCUCUACUCUGCGCAAACAACCAGUCACUCCCGGGAAUCGAUCUGGCACGUCGGGAAUUUCAGAUCUCGUCCGACAAUUCGGCAGCAACCCCGAACGCGUCCAAUUCCAAACCACCACUAUUCGCCCCUCCCCUCCAAUGAGCAGAAACGACAAUUCCGACUCGGAUUCUGCUACUACUACUACUGCUGCUGCUUCGCGCUCCUCAUUUGCCGAGCAACUGGAAAACCCGGCAAAUGCGCUGCGUAUCUCGACAGAUAUAGCGCCACCACCCCACGUCGCUCCCGUAUCGUCCUCCUAUCGCGAGCUUCUAAGCUCCAGCAGCACUCUCUCGCCCUGCCGGAUACCUUACAACCGUACUACAUCCUCAAGUAGCGUUCUCCUUGGCCGAUCUCCAAGCCUCAAGGGAGGCUGGGCUAAUGGAAAUGGGUCCGUGAACGGAUCUGGGAGCUUCGUCUCCAGUCCAGUCAUCAACGCUAUGGGCGAUGUUACACCUUUACCUAGUCCGCUAAUGUCCUCUGAUUCGCCCGGGCCUUGGAAACGACUGAGCAAUGAUUCCAAUUCACCUCCUCAGCGACGUAACCGAUUGAGCAGCCUCUCCGAAUCGACAAGUACUGAUGCAGCCACCGAUGCCACUGCGCCGAUAUCACCAAAGCGAAAACUUUAUAUUUCAACGGAUGUCGAAGACAAACAGCCACAGCCCACUACCCGCCAUCACACUAGAAAUCGAAGUAUCAGUGACUACACACCAGAUGCAUUUGCAAUUCAUAGAAGACCGCUGGCUGUCUCUGGAUCGCACGCACCCAGUGCUCGCAAUUCCCCCCAGGAGCCGAGCAUGCGCAGAGAGACAAACUUGGCCGAAUCUCGUGGCUUAACACCGACUGUCGAUAAACCCCCAACACCACCCCCCAGCGAGUCCUCUCGCGAUCCAUUAUCGGCUACUAGCACCAAGCCCAAGACAGAGUACUUUCAGGCCAAGGGUCGAUAUGACGACAAGCAGCGCCGCUGGCGAUGCCUUGGCCUGCUUGGACGUGGAACCUUUAGCAGAGUCAUGUUAGCCACAAGUCAGGUUGCAUCGACAGACUUUCUCGGUGAGCUGCCUGCCGGUUCUGUGGCUGAUUGCGACUUGCCGCGAAAGACUCUGGUAGCAGUAAAAGUGUGCGAACAUGGACCACGGGGUGGUGCCAGCGAAGAUCGUGUCGAAAUGAGCUUAAAGCGCGAACUCGAGAUUAUGCAAGUCAUUCGUCACCCAUCGCUGGUGGAUCUUAAAGCGUGGAGUAUAGAGCGAACUAGGGCAAUCCUUGUAAUGAGCUACUGCCCUGGUGGUGACUUGUUCGACGUUGCCACUACAUCCAAGGCCCUACUCACACCAGAUCUUGUUCGCCGUAUAUUCAGCGAACUUGUUGCUGCCGUGUCAUAUCUUCACGAGCAGAACAUCGUUCAUCGUGAUAUCAAAUUAGAGAAUGUAUUGGUCAAUGUCCGCCCAAAAGAGCUGGCCAGCGCUUCGAUAGACUGGAGCUCAUAUCCACACUCAGUUAUCACACUCGCCGACAUGGGCCUCUCGCGUCGCGUGGCAAAUGGGGAACAGCUUGAAACGAGAUGCGGAUCUGAAGACUAUGCCGCUCCAGAGGUCAUUAUGGGGCAGCCAUACGACGGCUAUGCUAUUGAUGCCUGGUCAUUAGGUGUGCUCUUAUAUGCUCUUCUUGAAGCCCGCCUCCCAUUUGACCCCCAUCCUUCCAUGAGCGAUGCCCAUCGCAUGCGUAGUCGUACGAGCCACCGCAUCGCCCGCGUUGAAUGGCGGUGGGUAGAGUACGCAGGCGACGACGGCGACCACGAAUGCGAUGAGGCCAAGUUUGAACGGCGCGGUCUACUUGGUGCAAUGGAGCUUGUAGAGGGCUUGCUCAAACGUGCUAGAGCCCGAUGGACCAUCCGAAAAAUCGCAGCCAUGGAAUGGGUUACUGGCGGCAUGGAUGUUGAGGGCGGAUUGAAGUUUAGGGAAGAGGAUGAUGGUGAGGAAGUUUGAAACAUGAUACCUGGCGUUUUUUACGACAUUUUAAUAGAUUCCAAGGGAACUUCUUGUUGAUUUGUUUUAGUAUUAUUAGCAAAUGCGCUUCAAUGCGUUUACCUUUUGUCAACUCCAUCUCAUUUGUCCCGGCCCAGUUUCUUAUUCUCAAAAGCACAUGUAUUUCGCUCCCCUCACAUCUUAAGGAGCAGUUGAUAUGGGUAUAUCUGAAGAAAGUCGACCAUGAAGGAUAGGGAAGAGUGACAAGGAGCUUAGUCAAGGAGUAUAUCCUGCAGUCACGCUGGCUAGUACUACAGUUCAACGUUGACCGAUAUUCUGCUUAGCAAUAUUGCUACAAGCGGUUCUACAGGAACCUGGCAAAGGUUCAAUACGCUCAAGGCGAAAUGGCGUUGGUUUGCUCUGCAAAGGAAUACACGUUGACCAUACAACCAUGCCUCGACAGCCUAACCAUGCACAACAUCCAGGGUCAGAUUAUACCAGUAGAUGCGAAUUUGCCACUAAAGGCCAGG